AUGAGCAAAGCGAGCGGCUUUAUCGAUAAGAUUUUGAGCGGGCACAAGACGAUUGAAUCACGUUGGUACGCUACGCGAAGGCCGCCCUGGGACAGGGUGCACGCGGGGGACACCGUCUACUUCAAGUACAGCGGAGGCGCAGGGGAGCGGGUGAAGGUUCGAGCGACCGUGGAUAGGGUGCAGCAGUUCGAGAACAUUGACCAAGACGGCGCCGCGCAGCGCAUACUCGACCAGCACGGUGCUCACAUCUUCGGAACCGACACGAGCGCCACCGCGCCAACAGAGGCAGGGAAGGGGGGCGCUGCCGAAGCGGACAAUGAGGAGACCAAGAACAGGACGGCAACGGGCGCCAGGAAGCGAAGAGGAGGUCCGCUGUGGCGAGGGAAGAAGUACUGCAUCUUGGUGUGGCUGAAAGACGUGAUGGAGGUCGAGGACCCCUUCCUCAUCAACAAACAAGGCUUUGGCAAGAUGACCGCCUGGCUCACUGUACCCAACAUCAGCCAAAUACUCCUUCCUGAGGACUAG